CCCAGCGCUCGGCCCAGCCCGGCGGCCCUGGGGUCUCUGACUGCGGCCGCGUGAGUUCGGAGCCGCCGCGAUGCCGAAAGCCAAAGGGAAAAACCGGCGCCAAAAGUUCGGCUACAGCGUCAACCGCAAGCGGCUGAACCGGCAGAGCCGCAAGCGGGCGGCGCCCCGUAUCGAAUGCUCCCACAUCAGACAUGCGUGGGACAGAACCAAAUCCGUGUCUCAGAACCUGGCUGAAAUGGGGCUGGCUGCAGACCCCAACAAGGCGAUUCCCAUCCGGAAAAGGCAGCUACCGGUGAUGGACAUGGAGGUUGAUGGCCAAGACAAAGGGAAGAGAGUCGUGCAGAAGCCUUACGUCCUGGACGAGCUGGAGUAUGAGGCCAGCCUCCCGGAGAAGAAGUCGGAGACGCUCUCCAGAGACCUUAUCGAUUAUGUGCAGUACAUGGUACGGAACCAUGGCGAGAACUACAAGGACAUGGCUCGCGAUGAGAAGAACUACUACCAGGACACGCCCAAGCAGAUCAAGAGGAAGAUCAGUGUGUAUAAGCGCUUCUACCCGGAGGAGUUCCAGGCUUUCACUGCAUCCCUGCAGCAGGUCAAGAUGGACCAGCAAUGACUGCUCCCACCCUGUCCUGUUGGACCCACCCGCAGCUGCAGGUCCUGUGCUGCCACUCCCCAGGCAACCAAGGGAAGAUUGCCUCUGCCUGCUGGUGCCAUUUCACCCUUCGCAGGCUGGGGCUCGCUGAACUAGAAGGUGGGAACGAGCGUGCGCUAGAACGGGCUCCUCCGUACGGCUGCUGGGGAGUCAGCUGCUGCCUCACCCUAGUGGGGGCGAAGGGAAGAGACCGUCUCUUGUGUCCUGCAGCUCCGAGUUACAAUAAACCAGCGUGAAUACACCCGAGUGCAGCUGGCUCCAGCUCCUGCCUGCACUGUGUGGAGUCGGGGUGGCCCCGGCGCUGACCCAAGGAACUGCUCUGGUUCUUCACGGGUGGUGCUGUGGCCCCCUGUCCGGUGCAGCCAUGGGGCGGGAUUGUUCACAGUCCCCCUGCAGGAGUCCACAGGGCUUUGCUGCUCUCUGCUUCGGAACAGCAGCCCUGGGAGUGGGAGGGUGCUGCCUUUCCCCAGCGCUACACGUUCACCUGCCGGGACGCACACUUGCCCUUAUCUCUACAGAGUGAUACUCGGGCCUCCGGGGGUCAGGAGCCAGAUUAGCGAUCAGCGGUACCCCAAAAGCCACAGUCGUAUGAAUUCAUCGUUCCGUUUACUAUCGUACUCGUCGUAUUUAAACAGUCUGACAGGGAGAGAUUUCGUUUUUAUAGGUUAUUCUCACAGCAAAACGACUGACCAAGUA